UCGGCUCGAACGAAAGUCACUUCGCUUGCAGACUACACGUCCGGAGGGGAGAAACUUCGCUGUAUUUCUUUGGAUAGACAGCAACUAGUUUCUCUCGGGAGGGGGAAAUUGUUUAUUGUUGUAGUUUAAUAUAUUUUGGAGUUAUUUUAACACAAAUCCCAUGAUUGUGGAAAAAGUGUAAUUUAAGAAGAAGCACCUGUCUUCCAAGGUACCGAAAGAGGUACCCUGGAUUCUGUGUCAUCUUGGCUUAUUAUCCAGGAAAAUGGUACCGCAGAAACCAUCCUCCCGUCAAAAGUGUAUAUGGACGAUUUUAAUAAUUCUGAUUCUUUGGAAUGGGAUAGUUUUAGCAGAAACGGAAAAAGAAGACUUUGAGUUUGAAGAUAGUGAUAUUAGUGUAAAGAAACGAUCUGCUGCUUUAACGGAUGAUGAGGAUUUAUUAAAUGAUGAAGCAGGUUCUACACCGGAGGUGGAAGGCAGCUCACCUGAUGACAAUAAGGAUACUUUAGUAGACUUUCCAGAAUAUUACCGGGUAUCUAUAAACUUUACUGACUUGACCUAUGACCCUGCGUUGGAAGUCAGUGGCAGUGCGGCCUUCACUAAACUCGGGAACCCCAUCUCUCAGGCUAUUGAGAACCUGUUCAGGAAUGUGGAUGGGGACCAAUACGCUGUUGUCAUCAAAUUCAGCCCGGGAUCUUUGGUUGUGACCUUCGACCUUGUAACGGAAGGAAACUAUGAUCGUAUGCAGUUAUAUAACACAUUAUUAAGUGCAGUUAACAGUGGAAGUAUAGCUCCGUACCGCGUCAGUCCCGUCGGAUUCAACUUCAGACCUUUGCAAGAUGGCCGUGCCUGUCCCGAUUAUGCCGGCCGAGAUGCAAGUUCUCUGCCUCGCUCAGGUGACAACCGUGCUAACCUCCUCAUCAACAACGAGUUUUUCUGCCGUGGGUACGUAGUCGGCUGGAACUAUUACAGAAUUGUACCACGAUAUGUCGGUUAUGCUGCCGUGUGGCGACAGAUUUCCCCAGAGGAGUUCAUCCUGGUCGGACAGACAGAGCUUCCUGUUGCUCCCGUUGGCAACCACAGUGUAGCAGCAAAUCCACCAAUUGCUGUAGAAAAGGGCGACUUCAUUGGUAUUUUUUACCCACGAGCUGCUGAGGAGGGCGUAGUGGCUAGUGCCAGGGCUGGUGACGUGACUGCAGAGGAGCUUUACCAGAAUUACUAUGCUACGUUCUACCAGGAGGAUGUGGAAACUGGGUCUAUUUUUAGCUUGGAAAGGGUGCCGUACGAGGAUAUUGGAGCAACGUUUGCUAUCAGAGCUCUCAUGGACUACACUGGAGUUUCACAGGGGUCGGAUUCAGUGUUGACCUGUAAGCCUGACCAGUAUACCUGUGAGGAUGGAGAAUGUGUGGACGGCCGGUACAGAUGUGAUGGCCAAUACGACUGUUUCGACCAGUCCGAUGAGAAGGGAUGUGCUCCAGUGACGUGUAAUGAGGGGGAGGUGAAGUGUCGAUCCACCCCUCAAUGUAUCCCACAAGCCUUCCUAUGUAACAGUCAGGAAGACUGCUCCGACGGCAGUGACGAGGAGGAUUGUCCUGUAGUGCCGUGUACGGACCAACAGUUCCAGUGUAGCAGUGGGCAGUGUAUCGACAAGAACCUUAGGUGUGACUCUGUGUCGGAUUGUUCCGACGGAACAGACGAAUUAGCCUGUCCAACCAGUUCAGCUUCCUGCGAGACUAACGAGUUUAAGUGUAAGAACGGCCAGUGUGUUGCUAAGGAAUACAAAUGUGAUGGUUACCAAGACUGUAACGACAACUCGGACGAGACUGAUUGUGUCGCCGAAGUGUUCUGUCCAGAGGGUCAGCAUAAAUGUGACGACAACAGCUGUGUAAAACGUGACGCUUUGUGUGAUGGUAUUGUAGACUGUGCGGACCAAUCGGACGAAACACCUGAAAAAUGCGGAACCCCAACUUGUCCUGGCGCGGAUGAGUUUGAGUGCUCCAGUGGCGAGUGUGUAUCCUCUUCCUCUCUUUGUAACAGAAUCCGUGACUGUGCUGACGGUUCUGAUGAAAGUGUCACCAUAUGUGGGCCUCUUGUCACCAUUUCUUCCCUCCGUCCAUCUGUGACUGUUCAAGAGGGAGAUCGAGUUGAACUGGAAUGCGUUGCCGAUGGUAACGUUGCAGUUGAACUGACCUGGACGAGGCCUUUGGGGGAAAUGUCAAGUGUUGCACAGAUUCAGAAUGGCCUGUUGACAAUUCCAUUUGUCUCCAUGUUGGAUGCUGGAGGCUAUCUCUGUAGCGCUGUCAAUGUCACGGGAAUUACUCCCGCAUCCACGACAAUUAAUGUUGAUCCACAGUUUCCAGAUUUUACUGUCACUCUGACCAUCCGACAGAGUCAACUCAUUCUAAAUGAGGGUGAGACAGCUGUUUUUGACUGUUCAUCGUCAGAUACGAGCUUCCCGAUUGUCUGGACCCGGGGAAGUCAGGACUUGCCCGCUAAGGCCAUUGUCCAGGGCGGUAGACUGACCAUCCCAGCAGUGACCGUUGAAGAUGCCGACUCGUACAUUUGUGGAAUCGGAGAAGUCAUGGACAUCGGCAUCCAAGAGGCAACAGCCGAACUUCUUGUUACGCCAGCUUGUCCCCCGGACAACUUCCGCUGCAGUAUUGGAACGUGUAUCUCCAGUAUCUACAGAUGUGACGGCUUCAGUGACUGUAGUGAUAACUCGGAUGAAAUCAAUUGUCGUGAGGGAGGUUGUCCAGCAGGACAGUAUCUAUGUAAUGAUGGCAGCUGUGUUGAAGCCAAUCAGUGUGACGGCGUACGCGAGUGUCCAGACAGCUCCGACGAGUUCCCUGUAAAGUGUGGUGGUUGUGGUAGCAAUGAAUUUAUGUGCCGGGAUGGACAGAGAUGUAUCCAGUCCGUACAAGUGUGUGACCGCCGGCCAGACUGUUAUGACCAGUCCGACGAACACUCUAACUGCACCUGUCAAGCCGGAGAGUUUACGUGCGCUGAUCGAUCCUGUAUCCCCGAUGAUCUCAAGUGUGACAGUGAGCGUGACUGCCCGGAUGGCUCAGAUGAAAUCAACUGUCCCCUGUGUCCAACUGAUGAAUUCACUUGUGCCAAUGAGAUCCAGUGUCUGGACCGGAGACUUGUGUGUGAUGGCUAUGCAGACUGUGACGAUCGAUCAGACGAAGCUAGUUGCCCUUGUCGCCAGGAUCAGUUCCAGUGUAACGAUGGCUAUUGUGUGGAGGGUUCGUUCCGUUGUGACGGCGUUCCUCAGUGUGAGGACCGAUCAGAUGAAGAUGGUUGUACCUGUAGAGAGGAUGAAUAUACCUGUACAAACGGUGACUGUAUCCCUAGUAACCGUGAAUGUGAUGGACGACCAGACUGUGAGGAUGGAAGCGACGAACUGAGUUGUCCAUGUAGAGAUGAUCAAUUCACCUGUAACAAUGGCGACUGUAUCCCUAGCAACAGAAAGUGCGAUCAACGCCCAGAUUGUGAGGAUGGAAGUGAUGAAUUGGAUUGCAAUUGCCGAGAAGGAGAGUUCCGCUGUAGGAAUAGUGACUGUAUCCCAGCUCGCUUCCGAUGUGAUAACACUCCUCAAUGUGAAGACAACAGUGACGAGUACAACUGUCCUGUCGGAUGUCGAGCGAAUGAGUUCACUUGUGGAGACCGGACAUGUAUUCCGUUGGAUCGGCAGUGUGACCGGAGACGAGACUGUGAGGAUGGAACUGACGAAGAAAACUGUCGGGUUACCUGUGGAGCUGACGAGUUUACCUGUGCUGACGGUACCUGUAUCCCUGUGGAGCGUUAUUGUGAUCGUAGACAAGACUGUGAGGAUGGAAGCGAUGAAACAAACUGUCCUGCUGUAGGGUGCCAAGCUGACGAGUUUACCUGUUCUGACCGCUCUUGUGUUCCGUUGGAUCGCAAGUGUAAUCAAGUGUCAGAUUGCCGUGAUGGGUCUGAUGAAGCAAACUGUGAAUGUCGGUCUGGAGAGUUUAGGUGUCGCAACGGUCAAUGUAUUGACCAACGACGCCGAUGUAACCGGCAGUAUGACUGUCAGGACGGAACCGACGAAUUUGACUGUCCUGUGCCGAUUACCAUCACUGUGACACCACCUGUUCUGAUGGUGAGGGAGGGAGCCCAGGCCGAAUUCUUCUGUCAGGCUAGUGGACGACCACGCCCAAAUGUCCGCUGGAGUCGUAGUGGAAAUCAGGCCCUUCCCCCAACAGCGUCGGAUGAACAAGGACGACUGGUGAUCCCCGAACUUCAGCUGAAUUAUGCUGGUGACUACAUUUGUUCAGCCGUCGGAGUCCAGGGAGUGUUUGAAGCCACUGCUAGGUUGGAGGUGCGAAGGAUUGGUCCUGAACCAACACUCCCUCCAGUUGGACCUUGCGGAGCCGGAGAAUCUGUAUGUCAGAAUGGCCAGUGUAUCCCAUCGGACUACCGUUGUGAUGGAGAUUCCGACUGUGAAGACGGCUCUGAUGAAGCCUAUUGUAGUACUGACAAUCCGUGCGAGCCCAACGAGUUCCGUUGUUCCAGCGGAAUCUGCGUGAUGAAGAUCUGGAGAUGUGAUGGUGACAAUGACUGUGGCGAUGGAUUUGAUGAAGAGAAUUGUCCGACCGGACCACCAGGUGCCCAGUGCCGUAUGGACGAGUAUAAAUGUACGACCGGUGACCAGUGUGUACCGGCCAGUUACCAGUGUGAUGGGGAGAUCGACUGCCAAGAUAGGUCUGAUGAAAUCGCCUGCUCCGUUCCAACAAUUAUCUUACCCCCUGUGUCUCGUAUUGAUGUGGACAUUGGAGGCCGUUUCACUAUCAUUUGUGAAGCCAUGGGUACCCCUACUCCCUUGAUUGUCUGGCGACUGAACUGGGGAAACAUUCCAGAGGGCGACCGUAUAUAUGUUCACAGUGCCGACGGCCGGGGCAAUUUGACGAUCACCGACGCUCGUAUUACCGACUCCGGCGCCUAUACUUGUGAGGCUAUCAACACCAAAGGAACCAUCUUUGCUUCACCAGACGCUAUCGUCAUUGUCCGAAGAAGUCCACAGCCUGGUGUCUGUAGACCACCAGACUUCAAUGUGGAGGCUUCGGACAGCGGUCAGUGUCUUCGUUGUUUCUGCUUUGGUCAGACCGCAGACUGUUACAGCAGUGACCUUCAUGUAUCACAGAUUCAGCUGUAUGGGACCAUGUCCCUGGUAGAUGAGACAAAUAGGGGCGAGUCCGUCCCUGCCACAGUCAACAUUGACCAGGUCUCGAGAGGUAACUUCCUCAUCAGGGACUUCAUUGAGGUCCUUCCGGCUGGAAACUACUACUGGAGACUCCCUAACGAGUUCCUUGGUGACAGGCUGACAACUUACGGUGGUGACCUGACGUAUACUAUUAGAUACGAGAUCGUGGGCAACCCUGGCAGUACCAACCAACCAGACGUCAUUCUGAAGGGUAAUAAGAUUACUCUGUACCACAAAACCUCCACCAUUCUCACACCAGGGGGCGAGCUCGUCAUCCAAGUACCUCUGUUACCGUCUGCCUGGUCUAAAAGUGAUGGCGGAGCUGGACGAAGGGGAGACAUUCCUGCUGUGGAGCCAGUGACCAGAGAAGAUUUGAUGAUGGUUCUUGAGAAUGUCGAGGCCAUCCUCGUCCGCGCCAACUACGACAUUCAACAGACCUCGUCCAGGAUCGGAGACAUCUCCAUCAGUACUGGUGUGAUUGAGGAUACAGGAUUCGGACGAGCCGUCUUUGUGGAGGAGUGUGAAUGUCCAGCCGGAUACUCUGGCCUCUCCUGUCAGGACUGUGCCGCGGGAUACAGAAGAGUAAGACAGGGACCGUACCUUGGAAUCUGUCGCCGUUGUAACUGUAAUGGCCACUCGAACGACUGUGAUCCCGAAACUGGAGCUUGUAGGGUGUGUGCACACUUCACAGAGGGACCCCAGUGUGAGCGUUGUAUCCAGGGCUAUUAUGGGGAUGCUACUCAAGGUCGUGAAGACUCUUGUAAACCAUGUCCAUGUCCACUGACCCAAGUAUCCAAUCAGUUCAGUCCAACAUGUAGAUUGGACACCGACGGCCUUCCCACCUGUACCGCCUGCCCUGAGGGUUAUGAAGGCAGAAACUGUGAGAGGUGUGCCCGUGGUUACAUUGGUAACCCACGACAACCUGGAGAUCGCUGUCGUCGAGUGUCAAUUGAAGAGAGGUGUGACUCGCGUGGAAGUCUGCAGACUCGCCCUGACCCGAGAACUGGAAGGUGUCCCUGUAAGCAAUAUGUGGAGGGCCCGAACUGUGACCAAUGUAAGGCCAACACAUUCCAUCUAAGUCUGGAGAAUCCGUAUGGCUGUAUAUCUUGUUUCUGUAUGGGUGUCACAGAAACCUGUACCUCAACAUCAUGGAACCGAGCUCAGGUUGGAGCGUCGUUCACGCGGGACAGCCUGGGAUUUUCUCUGACAGAUAUUUCACGUAAGCCAGAACUUACCGUGUCCAGCGGGUUCGCUAUCGACAGAAACGUGCGGGAGCUCAUCUACCGGGGCUUCAGUAGACUGCCAGACACCGUGUACUACUGGUCCCUUCCUCAGCGUUUCCUUGGUGACAAGUUGGUGUCGUACGGAGGAUCUCUGAGGUUUGUCGUGAUGUACCGACCAGGUCAAGACACUACACCAACAGCAGGACCCCUCGUGGAAAUUAGCGGAAAUGACAUCGUGCUUGUCCACAGUCCUCAACAGAUGCCAGGCCCCAAUAAACCAGAGUCCUACAGUAUCAAAUUCUACGAGGGUAGCUGGACCCGUCUAGAUGGCCAGCCAGCCACACGCGAGUCCCUUACAAUGGCUCUUGCCGACCUUGAAGCGAUUUUGAUCCGAGCAACGUUUACGAGCACCACAGAUCAGGCCAGUAUCCGCGACAUUGUAAUGGACAUCGCCGAGGACAGGAACACAGGCCAGGAUCGGGCUAACGCUGUAGAACAGUGCGUCUGUCCGCAGGGCUACAGAGGUCUCUCCUGUGAGGACUGUGAUGUUGGCUACACACGGAGUGGUGAUGGAUUUUAUCUUGGACGCUGUGUACCAUGCGACUGUAACGGACACUCGGGCGAGUGUAGCCCAGAGACUGGUGUCUGUAGGAAUUGUCAACACAGUACUGAGGGUGACAACUGUGAGCGUUGUGCGGCUGGUUUCUAUGGCGAUGCGACCCGAGGUAGUCCUAAUGACUGUCAGCCUUGCUCAUGUCCCCUUACAAGAACCCCCAACCAAUUCAGUCCUACCUGUAUACUGGACACAGAUGGUCAAGUCACUUGUACAGCCUGUCCAGCUGGUCACAUCGGCCGCAGAUGUGAGAGGUGUAACCAAGGGUACACAGGAAACCCGAUGAAUCCCGGAGACUAUUGUAAGAUUGGACCAGUCGAGCCUCAAUGUAACUGCGACAGCCGAGGAACUGUCCCCAACACUCAGUGUGAUCUCAGCACCAGACAAUGCCAGUGCAAGUCCUACGUCCAAGGUCUGCGAUGUAACACGUGUAAGGAUAACUACUUCCACUUGUCGGAUGGUAACAGCCAGGGUUGUCUGUCCUGUUGGUGUAGUGGUAUAACAUCACAGUGCUCCAGCUCCAACUACUACAGAAACGAGCUUCGACCACAACUGAGUUCAGACGGAUCCCACAACUUUGUGUUGACGAAUCGCAGACUGAACAACAUCAUCGAUGACGGUUUUGACAUCGAUGUUUCAAGGAGAGAAAUUGCCUUUGGUCAGUUCCAAGGAAUCCAGCGAGAGCAAGAAAGUUUAUUCUUCAGUCUGCCACCCAAAUUCCGUGGAAAUCAGAUAAAGUCAUUUGGCGGAUUCCUGAAGUUCACACUGGACACACAAGUGACUCAACCAGACUCGGGUAGAAUAUUCCGGGAUGUGGAUGUUGAAUUCAUUACAUCAGGUCAGCGACAGAGGAUGUAUCAUCUCUUUAACCCCCCAAUCGAGCCCAACAAACCUCAGAGUAUCAACAUUUUACUCAGAGAGCCAUCGUUCCGCAUGUUGGACGGAUCAGAGCCAAGCCGCGCAGCUUUCAUGUCCAUGCUUGCCGAUAUAGAGGCCAUUCUGAUCCGUGCCACUUAUCACACACGAACGAGCCGCACGUCCAUUCGUGAGGUUUCCAUGGAUACCGCUUCGGCAACACCCACAGGUCUGGGGCCUGCCCCUAUGGUGGAGAGCUGUCUCUGUCCCCAGGGAUACACCGGACUCUCCUGUGAGGAGUGUGCUCCGGGAUAUCUCCAGGUUCAGGAAGGCAGUCAAUUCCGCUGUACACAGUGUAACUGUAACGGCCAUGCCACGUCAUGUGACCCAACAACUGGCCAAUGUCUGGACUGCCAACACAACACAGGAGGAGACCGUUGUGAGAGAUGCGCAGUUGGUUACUAUGGCGACGCCACCGUCGGAACUACCAGUGACUGUAGGCCAUGUGCCUGUCCACUCACAAUUCCGUCCAAUCAGUUUUCAAGGUCAUGCUAUCAAUCCCCUGGAGGUCAAGUUACCUGUGAUCGCUGUCCGAACGGUUACAUCGGCCGUGACUGUGGAGAGUGUGAUACUAGCCGCGGUUAUUCCGGUAAUCCACGCGAAGUAGGAGGGUCAUGUACUACAAUUGAAACUGACAAACGACCCGUGAUCACUGUGAACCCCGUGACCUUGGAAGAGAACGUCGGUGCCACGGUAGUGUUCCAGUGUAAUGUACAGGGUACAGGGCCAUUUAAUGUUAUCUGGAGCCGUUCUAAUGGUCAGCUUCUGUCAACACGCACACAAAUCGGGGCCCGCUUCAGCUUGACCAUCCGUGACUUGAUAGAGUCAGACAGUGGCCGAUAUGUCUGUACCGCUACAAACAUCCAUGGUAGUCGACGUGGAUAUGUCAGCCUAACUGUCAUUGGUCGCAAGCAGCCCAUACGAGUGAGGAUUGAAACGCCACAAGUAACGGCUAAUGAGGGAGAAUCUGUCCGAUUUGUCUGUCUACCUCUCGGAAACAGAGAGAGCACAUACAUCCUAUCCUGGUCCAGAAAUGGAGGCAGUCUGCCCCCUCAGGCGAUCGACCAGAUGGGUGUUCUGUUGAUCCCCAACACGCGACGGGAGGAUGCUGGCGAUUACGUAUGUACAGGCUCCGACAUGACAAGCAUGGACACGGCAACGGCUAUCCUUAUUGUCAGUGCAUCCCAGAUAUCUCCUCAAGUCUCCAUUGAACCAAGAUACUUGAACAUAAACCAAGGAGAUUUGGCUGAGUUCCGAUGCGUUGCCACGGGAACUCCUGUCCCCACAAUAGAAUGGAGAAGAGGAGGAAAUGGCCGACUCAGUUCUUCAGCUACGAUUUCUAACGGACUGCUACGUAUUCCUAACGUACAACCUUCUGACGAAGCAGAAUAUUUCUGUAAAGCCACCAACGUAGCUGGAACCAACGAGAUCAAAACCAUCCUCUAUGUUACAAGAAUACAGCGUCCAGAGAUCACAGUGAUCGUACGACAGACAUCAGUUAUCGCGGUGAUCGGAACGACCGCCCAGCUGUACUGUUAUGUAGAGGACAACACCAGAAGGACAACUCUCGUCUGGUCCAGGAAUGGCGGACUCCCACAAGGAAGUUCACAGGAACGCGGCACUUUGACACUGACCAAUGUCCAGCCGUCUUAUUCUGGCUCCUACGUAUGUACGGCCACGUCUCCGACAGGUUCAGGGACGGCUACUACAGAGGUCACUGUCACGGAAGGAACGGAAUCACCAACGGCCACUAUGGAGCCUUCAAGACUGACAGUCGCCAUGGGAACAACCGGAACUCUUCGAUGUUCAGUUACGGGUAAACCACAGCCUACUAUCACAUGGAGUAAGAGUCGUGAAGAGCUCUCCAGUCGCCACCAGGUGAAUGGCGGAGUGCUGCGUAUCGUGGAUGCUAGGAUGGAAGAUCGCGGUAUUUAUGUAUGUCGAGCUGAGAACUCGGCUGGUGUAGACCAGGGCUGGGCCAUUGUUGAAGUGGAACGUCGUAUGAUGCCAAAGAUCGACUUUUAUCCCAGUGGAAGCCAGACGAUAUCUAUAGGAGGCAGCGCCCUGUUCCAGUGUAGAGUAAUGGAUGGGGACCCCCCACCAACAAUUACCUGGUCAAGAGCUGGAGGUGAAGCUUUAAUCACGGAGACCACUGAGCUAAUGGACAACGGAGUGAUCAUGUUUAAACAGGUGACCGGCUCUGAAGCAGGAGAGUACGUUUGUACCGCAACCAAUGAUAUGGGAUCUGUGUCCGGCACUGCCGUUCUCCUCAUUCAAGGUCCCCCUAGAAUUGUGAUCCAGCCCGACCGAACAAUUUAUGCUUUGGUCGGUGAAAGAGUGACCGUAGAAUGUAUUGGUCAGGGCGACCCAGCACCAUCAGUUUACUGGCGUUACAACACAGCACCCCAACGUGGUGACAUUCCGCAGGAACCCGACUACGAAGCCUUGGCUACUAUUGGAUCUGCAACCUUGACCUUGGAAAAUGUGGCAACCAGCAACACCGGAAACUAUGUCUGCGUGGCGAGGAACUCUGGUGGUAUCACACAGGAAACUGUACAGAUCAUCGUCAGGGAAAACCGACCACCGGAUGAGGAUGUAGUUAAUAUCGAUGGUCCCGAUCGUCUGUCUGUUGAGGAAGGCCAGAGGGUGGAGCUUCGAUGCAAUACUCGUGGCCUUGUGAAUCCAGUCGUGAGGUGGAGAAGACGCGAAGGUCCACUUCCUCCGAACCACAGCCAAAGGGGCGGUACCCUGGUUAUCCCCCGUUUCUCUUCAGAGUACAGCGGAGAGUAUAUCUGUACCGCCACAGCACAGGAAAAGACUUACCAAACCUCGGUCUACAUUAUCGUGACUGUUCGACCCCGCUUGACCAUCUCGCCCGCCCGUGUGGAGGCCGUAGCUGGACAGAGGAUACAGCUGACCUGUAUUCCACAGGGAACUGGACCAUUCCAGAUUGAAUGGUCAAAAUUAAACGGACUUUUGAACCCUCGCGCUGUCCAGACUAGCGAAGGCACACUGGUUAUUGGUCAGGUGACUGCUGCAGAUGCUGGACGUUAUCGCUGCGUAGCUACCAGUUCAGCAGGAUCCUCAGACGGUUACGCCGAAGUAUCUAUUCAAGUUCCUCCGACGGUGCUGGCAGAAGUCAGACAGACGACACCUGUGAUUGGUCAGUCCCUGUCGUUUGGCUGUAACGCCCAGGGUGUUCCCCGUCCCACCGUUCGCUGGGAGAAGGAGGGAGGAACGCUGCCCAUCUCUCAUCAAAUAGUUGAUGGUGUUCUCACGAUUUAUGACAUCACCGCUGAGGACGAGGGACGAUACAUCUGUACCGCAACCAACGUCGCCGGAACAGCACGAGAUUACGUAGCAGUGAAUGUCCAAGGCAGAAAGACUGAUCCAAACGUCACAGUUAAGAUCGACACACAGACUCUCAAUAUCGGUGAACGAGUGGAAAUGGAGUGUGUCGUUACAGGAACCCCACGUCCCGUGGUCAGGUGGACGAAGAUUGAGGGAGCCUUGUCUGACGCAGCCUUCAUCAAUGACAACAUCCUCGUCAUUCCUGAAGUGUCGCUGUCUGAUGCUGGAACUUACCUGUGUGAGGCGCAGAACUUGUACGGCAAGGUGGAACAGAGAGUAACUCUGUACAUAAGGGCUCGUCCUCUGAUCUCCGGCCAAGGAGACAGUUUGACUGCGGCUUUGGGUACCAGUGCAACCCUUGCUUGUGAGGCGACAGGCUACCCCGCCCCUCAGAUCCGCUGGUACAGGAAGAAUGGAGAUAUGCCUAGAGAGUACGAUGUUGAGGAUGGCUCAUUGAGGAUCGACCAGGUGAAACCAGAGGACGCGGGAAUGUACGUGUGUAAUGCCCAGAAUGAACUAGGGUCCAACGAGCAUUCCAUGGAGCUCCGAGUAGGAGAUCUCGUGCCAAGAUUUACACAAGAUCCAGUAUCCUACAUCUCCUACGCUCCCUUGAACGACGUAUACCUGGACUUCGAUAUCCUCUUGUCGCUGAGACCUGAGACGACCGACGGACUGGUUAUUUACAAUGGUCAGUAUGACACCGGAACCACCGGCGACUUUGUCUCCUUCGGAAUGUCCGAGGGCUACCCUGAGUUCCGAUUUGACAUGGGAUCCGGACCAGCCAUCAUCAAGGGUGACCACAAGCUUGCCUUGGACCAGUCUCAUACCAUCAAACUGACACGGAACAGGAGACAGGGUACAAUGGUGGUGGACACAGAACCAGCCUAUGUUGGGACGUCCCAGGGUAACUUCCAGGGACUUGAUCUCCGUGGCAACCUCUUCCUUGGUGGUGUUCCUAACUUCAAUGCCAUUCCAAAGGGUGUCGGUUUCCGUGAGGGAUUCGUUGGCAGUGUGAGCCAGGUUCAGCUGAAGGGUGUCGACCUGAACCUUGGGGCCGACUCCAUCAAGAUGGUGGGUGUGGAGGCCUACUCUAUGUGUAUGUCCCAACCGUGCCAGAACGGAGGACUCUGUCGCCCAGCAAACAAUGACCAAGGCUUCAACUGUAUCUGUCCGGAAGGUUUCACCGGCCGCAGGUGUGAGGUCACUGGAGAAAAGUGCUAUCCAAAUGCCUGUGGACCCGAUGGUCAGUGUAUGAACCUAGUAGAUCGUCCUGGCUACAAAUGUAUCUGUCCAUUUGGCAAGACCGGCCCAGGAUGUCAGAGGGAUGUGACCAUUGCAACACCACAGUUUAAUAGAACCUCCUUUAUCACCUAUGCUCCCAUUAAGGGGGCUCGCUACCAGAUGAAAAUUGACCUUGAGUUCAAACCCGGUACCUUGAAUGACGGAAUCAUUCUGUACAGCGGCCAUGAUGAACAGGGAUCUGGUGACUACAUCAGCGUGGCGUUGCGUAACGGAUACCUGGAAUACAAAUACAACACUGGAUCAGGACCUGCCACCCUGAACAGCCGAAACCUUUUAACUAUUGGCCAGUGGACCAGGGUUUCUUUGUCCAAAAACAACCAGGAAGGAACGCUCAUUGUCAAUGAUGAGGAACCAGUCAAAGUCUGGCCAUGGAGUUAUUAUAGAGAUCAAUACCGCAACUACUACAACUACCAUCUCCGUAGGCAAUAUCGCUACAGAAGGGCAGCCACAUCACCAGGCAACACUGUUGGCCUUGACCUUCGGACCAACCUUUACCUUGGAGGUGUCGAGCCAUCAGUGAUCAUCCCACGAGGAGUUCAAGUGACGUCCGGUUUCCAGGGCUGUAUAGCUGAGCUGACAGUUAAUAUGGUACCAAUUAAUCUGAUCCGUGACGCCAUCAACAGUAUGGAUAUCCGUGACUGCACCGAUCGUAACAUCUGUAACCGUCGCCCCUGUCACAACGGAGGAGAGUGUGAAAGUCUCGCCAUCAAUGACUAUCGCUGUAUCUGUCCGGAGAGCUUUACAGGUACACAUUGUGAAAUGAGAAUCAACAUUUGUAAUACUCGGGCACCCUGUCAGAACGGUGGAAUCUGUAGCUUCACAGACGAUGGCUACAGAUGUGACUGCCCUCUAGGUUUCAUGGGAGAUAACUGUGAAUCAGUGGUGACCUAUACAGGCUCGAUCCGCAUGGAAGGUGACGGAUUUGUUGAGCUGAGUCGUGACUUGUUCCCCUACAGCCAUAACCAAGUAGAAAAGGUCGUGGAGUUGACCAUCCGCACCAACCAGCCCAACGGCUUGAUUUUCUGGCAAGGGGAGGCAACUCCAGGCCAGUCUGUCUCUACUGGGGACUAUAUGAUGAUUGGACUCCGCGAUGGUUACGUUUAUUACAGCUAUGAGUUGGGUAGUGGAGCAGCCAACAUGAGAUCAGCUCUCCCAGUGAACGACGGACAGGUACACAGGAUAAAAAUUACACGACUUGGAAAGACUGGCACAUUAGCUAUUGAUGGGGGACCAAAAGAAACCGGUACAUCAUUGGGCUAUCUACAAAUGUUGAAUGUUAAUGGAAACAUAUAUGUUGGUGGUGUCCCCGACCCCUCAUCGAUGACCGCUGGCAGAUACACAGAUAACUUCACAGGAUGUUUAAUAGAAAUUAAACUGCAGGAAGGGAGACCACUCUCAGUUCCUGAAGAUACUGUAGGCGGGCAUAAUGUAAUGUCUUGUAAUUGAAGAGUUCUGUUGAUCAAUUGAACAAAAGUUUCGGUUAAACAUGUGAAUCACGUAUGAUUGAGCAUUGGAUUGCAGUGAUGUGGUUUGAAUACAGGUUGUCAUGGAGACAAAUAUGUAACAUGCUGUUAGAAAUAUGCAAUUCCAACCAUAUGUGCCAUGCUUACAUAUUUUUUUUACUGAGUAGAUUUUUCUACGUGAUGUUUGAAUGACCGGUUACAUAACUGAAGCAUGAUUUAUAUGAUAGUAUUUUUAAGUAAAAUAUGAAAGUGUUGAUUGUAUAUUUAUGUAAAUAUAUACAGGUAGGGGGUGAAAUUCAACCCCUCUCCAUAUACCCAUAUGAACAAGAGGUAUAGAGCUAUCUAUUUCUUACAUAAUUAUAUACAUUAAUUAUAUACAUUAUCUGUAUAUAUCAAAAAUAUAUGUGACAUUCUCCAUGGAUCCGGAGACUUUAUCCAACUUUCUAUGUGGUUACAUUUCGUUGGGAACUUGUUUCAAUAAAUCACUAUUACCGGCACUACAUUAGUAGUAUGUUUGGAGAGUAUGUUCAUUUAUAAACUUUUUUGUAUGAUUUAGUACCAUUUUAGCUUUAAUUUUCACAUAGAUAAUCUGUAAAUCCAUUUAAUUAUACAAUAUAUAUAUGUAUAAGGCUUCAUGCUGCAAUGUUAGUUGUUAAACCCUUGUACGUGUUUUAAAUUAAAAUUCAUUAUUUCCGUAAAAUAUUUACAUGUUUGAUAAACCGGUAGUCACCCUUAUAUACACUCUACUGAUGCUUUUUACAUUCUUGUAUAUUAAUCAUGUAUGUUUAUAUAAAACAUUUUUAUCAUUUUUGUACUGAUAGGUAUCCAGGCUGACUAUAUUUUAUAGUACACGAUGUUGCAAGUUUUGAGAAAUAUAGCUUGUAGAUAUGAAAUUUAAAGCAAUAAGUGAUCUAAUCUUAUGGUAGAAAGAACUUGUAAGACCCAGAUCUAGUACAGUUAUGACCUCUGGGUCAAAGGUCAUGUUAGUGCAUUUCAAUAGUGUGACCUCCGGGUCAAAGGUCAUGAUAGUGCAUUUCAAUAGUGUGACCUCUGGGUCAAAGGUCAAGUUAGUAUAUCUCAAUAGUGUGAAUCUCUCAUGAAGUGUGUGGAUGCAUGUAUGGAAAUAUAUUGAAAGUUGAGAGUUUAAAGAAGGGAGAAUCAAUUUCGAUGAUAUUAUCCCAGAAAUACAUUUAAACACAAAGAAAUGGUUUCAAUGUCAAUCUUCAAAUUUAGAAAGUUUCUAUCACAUUAUGAAAUGCCAUGAAUCUAUCUGGUUGGUACUGUAAAUUUUUGAUUUUGUGAAUAUCAAAGAAAAUUAUUUACCAGCAUUUAAAAACUUAGUAGAACAAGAGUUGCCAUAACAACCUUGAUGCUUGAAAUGUAUCCGUUGUUUCAUCACAUCUACCAUUCCUAGUACUUAUUAAAGAAAUGCUGGUUCGCUCUUUGUUGCGUUAUAAGCUUUUGUAGAUCUUUUAUUUUGUUUCCUAUAUUUUUAUAUCUUUUAAUAUCUGCUGAGCAUUUUCUCCUAAAUCCACGUCGACUAAUCGGACACAGAUUCCUCCUCAGACUUGAAUAGUCUUAGUUAAAACAUUGUUAUACCCCAGAUAUGAUCAAGUUUGAUAUGAAAUAAGAUUUGUCAAGACUUGAUAUGAUCUGUUUCUUUUUCGUUAAACUUUAAAUAUUGUAAUACUGCUGUUAAAGAAUCCUCCGUAUUUGUACGUUAUAAAAACAAAUAUUUUUGGUAUUUUUCUUUUAUGAAAUAUAACAGCUUUGAGUUAUAAUUGAAAGAAUAUGAAAUGUAAAUCUCAAAAGCUUUGUCAGGAAUAUUUGUGAUAUUUUAAUGAGGUGCCUUCACAGUCUUCCAAAUUUUCUUGGUGUUAUUAAGAAAUCUUUUCCGAUAUUUAUCAUUGCCCCUGAACUGCAUAAAUGUCUGUCACAAAAGUGCCAUUAUUAUGCGUUUUGAUUGACAAAGUAAUCUAGUUUUACUUACACAAGUUUUGGUUAAUAUAAUAUAUUUGGAUUGCAAUAGUCUUGAUCAUUAUAAUGCUUGAUUAUUAAUAGUCUUUGUCAAUGUUAGUUUGUAUAUUAAUAAUCUUGGUCACUAUAAUGUUUGGUUACCAGGUAUGCAGAUGUUGCUAGGAUAAUUCGUCAAUUUCAUAUUCCUGGAUAACGAAACUUCCUUAAAGUACUAAAUUUUCACUACAUCAAAAGUUUAGGAAUAAAACCUUUUGUUUCAAACUGCUUUUAGAAAAAAAAAUUUAAUAAAGAAAAAUCCUGAUUUUUUGAUAAAGAAAAUACCUUAGUAAAUAUUCAUGACUGAAGGGAGAUACAACGAUCAUCCUCCCGAUGUGUUCUUUAUAUUGAGUAUACGGCCAGUUUUUGUCAGUGCUAUUCAAUACCUCAGCAUUGCUCACCUUUGUAGUGACUACAGUAUGUCUUUAAGUGGUGCUUCAAAGUUAGGGUUAUCAGGGAAAAUCAGUUCAUGAAAAUAUUCAUCAAGAAAUUUUCGCAGAGAUCUUUUUGUAAUCUUUUAUGGACCUUUUGCCAAAUGUGAUUGAAAUGAUGUUCAGUAAUUGAAGAUUUGAGAGAAUUAAAAAAAAAAAUUAAAUUCAGAUUUUAAUAUCGGCAUUGUAACAUUAGAAAAAUAAGCAGAUAUAUUUAAUAUAAUUUAGACACGACUGAUUUUCUAUGAUAAGUCUAAUCCCGGGUAAAUGGUUUCAGCCACCGGAUGGGAGUUGUCUCCCUUCCCCCAUCAGAGUGGUGUCGCCACUAGAUGUAAUGUACACCACCUGUCACUCAGACGGUUAGCUUCUCUGGAAAUACUCAUUUGUUUCUGUGUGGUGCUAGAUAGACUAUGCAAGAAGUUUCUGUCAUGUCUGGCAUUGUUGAUAAAUGGAGUACAUGUCAAUCCUACAAAUGUAAAAAAAUAAAAUUUGAGUUUUGUA